AUGAUCAGCAGCUCUGUGGGACCGUCUGCCGAGAAGGCUGCUCAUUCUCACCCGCAAUCGUCGGAAACACACCCGACGCCUCAUGGCAUCAGCCACGCCCCCGCUAUCAAACCAGCCGUGGAUGUCAAAGCUCACGAGCAGGUUGUCACUCCGUGGGAUGUCCAGGGCUCCGUAUCCUCCGACGGACAGCAGCUGGCGAUCGACUACGACAAGCUCGUAGAGCAAUUCGGCACCCGGAGAGUGGAUCAAGCGGUAUUGGAGCGCUUUGAGCGCCUGACUGGCCAUCGUCCACAUGUCUUCUUGAGGAGAGGCAUGUUCUUCUCGCAUCGAGACUUUGACAAGAUCCUUGACAGAUACGAACAGGGCAAGCCAUUCUUCCUGUACACAGGUCGUGGGCCAAGCAGCGAUAGCAUGCAUCUGGGCCACAUGGUCCCUUUCGUGUUCACAAAAUGGCUGCAGGAUGUCUUUGACGUACCAUUGGUCGUCCAGCUGACCGACGACGAGAAGUUCUUGUUCAAGCACGAGCUCAAGCCGGAACAAACGUAUGAGUUUGCGAAGCACAAUGCUCGGGAUAUCAUCUCCGUGGGCUUCAAGCUGGAGAAGACUUUCAUCUUCAGUGACUACGACUACGUCGGUGGAGCGUUCUACCGCAACGUGUCGAAGAUCUCGCGGCAGAUCACGAUCAAUCAAGCGAAGGCGACAUUCGGCUUCAACGACUCCGACAACAUCGGCAAGAUUCACUUCGCGUCUAUCCAAGCUGCACCCUCCUUCUCCAAUUCCUUCCCCCACAUCUUCGGCACCGCCUCCAACAUCCCCUGCCUGAUCCCCUGUGCGAUCGACCAGGACCCGUACUUCCGACUCACGCGCGACGUCGCCGUCAAACUCAAGUACCAGAAGCCCGCGCUGCUGCACUCCAAGUUUUUCCCCGCGCUGCAGGGCCCGCAGACGAAGAUGAGCGCGUCCGAUGUCAACUCGAGCAUCUUUAUGACAGAUACGCCCGCUCAGAUCAAGAACAAGAUCAACAAACAUGGGUUCUCGGGCGGGAGGGAGACGGAGGAGGAGCACCGGAGGCUGGGCGGGAACCCGGAUGUGGAUGUUGCCUAUCAGUAUUUGGGAUUCUUCAUGGAUGAUGACGAAAAGUAUAUGCAGAUGGGAGAGGAUUACCGCGCUGGCCUCUUGCUGACAGGACAGCUGAAAGCAAAGUGCAUCCAGCGGCUACAGGAUUUCGUGAAGGGAUUCCAGGAACGGAGGGCGAAGAUCACAGAAGAGGAGGUGAAGGCGUUCAUGGACUGCAAUCGCACCAUCGAGCCGACGUUCGGCAAACGAUCUGGUGUCUCAGCGUGA